UUAAGCCAACAAACUAAAUAAAUAGCAACAGAACUAAGAACGACAGUAACGAUAUUUGCAGGCAGUCAGGCAGUCAGGCAGCAAACAUCUUCGCAUCUGUUCGCAUCAGAUACAAUAGUGGAAAUCCCAUACUCAUUCCUCUUCACGGCGAUUUUUUACGAAAUCAUUCCGGCAUAGUUUGUACUCGCGUCAACACCGAAUUUCAUACUAAAGCGGCGCUUACAGUGGUGACUUAAAUCUUGAAUCUCAAAUCUAUAUAGUAGGAAAUAACAUUUCAGUAUGUUUAAUAUCAGAGUGGCAGUAAUGUUGGUUUAUAUGUUCUGCUUGGUGUUAGUAGCGAAUUGCUAUGGACUAAAUCCAUCCAAUCCAUUAAGGAACGACAUUGAAGUUGUUUACCAAUGGAAAGUACUUGAGUACGGGUUUCCAACCGAAACUGAUCGUCAAACUGCCAUAGCAAAUGGAAAUUUAGUAGCAAUUAAUGGAGUGCCAAUCGAUGUUAUGCCUGUAUAUUCAAAAUCGAACUCCAGACUAUUUGUUACAAUACCACGGUUCCAAGGUGGAAUACCCUAUUCACUAGCCACGGUAAUUGCUCGUAAUCGUGGAGGCCCGAUUUUACAACCUUACCCGAGCUAUGAUUUGCACAAUAGUCAUGGAACAAAUUGUGAUGGCAUCACAUCGGCUUUCAGAGUUGCGUUGAAUGAAUGCAAUCAAAUGUGGGUAAUCGAUUCGGGCAUAAUUGGCAGUGAACAAAUGUGUCCACCACAGCUGCUGCUGUUUGACUUAAACACAGAUACACUAUUACAUCGAUUUCGUUUUGCUAAUAAUACUUACAUACCCAGUGCUUCGUUAUUUAUAACGCCCGUUUCGGUUGUAAGCGAUCCACCGCCACGUGGAACUUGUAAAAAUUCCAUGGUUUAUGUGGCUGAUGUUUCCUACCAUGGACUUGUGAUAUACAAUUAUGCACAAAAUAUGGCUUGGCGUGCAGAAAAUAAAUUUAUGUACCCUGACCCUGAUUAUGGCACACAUACCAUUGCUGGCGAAAGUUUCAAUCUCAUGGAUGGCAUAUUUGGUAUGGCCAGCGAUAAGAAAAAUUUGUAUUUCCAUCCUUUAGCAAGCAGAUCGGAGUAUUCAGUGCCGUUAAGUGUAUUAGAUAACCGUGCUAAUUGGGAAAAUAAUUUAGAAUCUUCACCAAAUGAGUUCAGAUCAUUGGGCAAAAGAAAUAGCGAAUGUGCUGCAGAGGCAAUUGAUAGUAUAGGAAAUAUCUACUGCGUCACACUUAAUCCAAUCAAAUUGUUAAGUUGGAAUGUUAACACACCUUAUCAAGCAAAAUAUUUCCGAGAAAUUCCUGUAAGACCAGAACUUCUUGAGUUUGUAAGUGGAAUGAAAGUUGUGAAAAAUAAUGAAGGCAGAGAGGAACUGUGGAUGAUUUCGAAUAGAUUUCAGAAAAUUGCAACUGGCACCCAGAAUCCAAAUGAGAUUAACUUCCGCAUAUUGAAACUCCCACUUGGAAAUCUACAGAAUGGUUUCGGUUUUAAUGCACCCAACGGAGACUUGCAUAACAAAUUGGUUUUUAAUUAGAAGUCUGUUUAUAUUCUUUUAUUUUAAGUGUAUAUUUUAUUUUAUCUAAUCUAAGUUUUAUACAUUAAUUGUCAGCUAUAAUUUAAGCACAGAAAUUCCAAAUGUUGCUAAUACCAAUUAUA